AUGGCCAAUACUAGCGAAAGCUCUGACGAAUUUUACGAUGCACUUGAAGACGAUCAAUCAGCAUUUGGAAUCGCUUCCAGCGCUCGAAUGGGCAAAAUCAGCGGCGUUACAAACAGGCGUUCCGGAAAAGGCUCCGAUUGUAGCCAGGCAACGUAUGGAGCACCAGUACCGGUGGGCAGCUUUACCGAAGCCGAAUUCCACGAAAGCAACAGACACGCGAUGCCUAAACAUCCCAUUCUUUCGAAGGAUUUGCUUGCAGGAGAGCACUCUUUCAAGGAACCAAAAUUAGUCAAACACUCGCUUCGUAGUCAACGAUUUCACGAGUUGCGCCACAGCAUGCAAAACGACGAAGACGAGAAUCCUGGCAAUAUACUGACGCCUGACUCACAGAAUAGUUCUGCCGAGGGUGUGUAUAUUUCCACCAGUCGAUCGAACUAUCCCUUUCGGGUUAUUGAAAGUGAUGUCGCGAGCAUUCACAGCAUAUCUUCACUCGGUAUCGUCGGUCGUAUCAUGGCAGGUGGCAGCGUUGACGCUAGCGGCCUCAACGUUGGAAAAGACUCGUCUAAACGGGUGGCCUUAAAAUCAGCUGAGCGUUCUUCAACCGAUCCGGACGUGAUCACCAGCACAAAACAGCAGACGUCAGCCUCCAAAGGGCCGAUCUUUACGGUCGCUGUCGCAGCCGAGCGACCUGUUGUACCACCGAGACGGAAGAAGAAACAGCGUAAACUAUCGAGUAGCUCGUCCGAGCAGUUCAACAUGAACGAGGGACUCAGCUUGCCGGCAGCAGACAGCUCAUCCAGCGAAGUGUUGAUGGUAAAGCUACCGCCAUUAGUCAGCGGAACAACUAGUAAGAAUAGUAGGGGCACCAACACAAAUAGCUCCAGCACAACAGGAAGCCAUGGCGGCCACAGUGCCAGUGGAUCUGAGGGGAUUACCACAACCGUUGAUAGUUAUCAUGGCCCAACGCUGCCCUCUCCAGUGACACUGGAAUCGAUUACACGGGAAAUCGAAAACUCUUUUGAAGAAGCGGCCAGUGUGGUUGUCACAACCAGUCUAUCUCCCGACGCAUCGAGCAUCACCAGCAACAGUAGCCCCUCGGCGGGCGUUGCAGCGAUUGGUGGAUCAGGCGAUCGAAGCGACGUGCAGUCGCGAAAAUUGUUGACGGGAUCGAUGAAUCGCCUUACACAUGUAGUGGGAAGCGUCUGGGAGUCGGGUAUCGGAGGGUCGAUAGUGUCGCCACUUGGUAGUAGCAACUGUCCACCGGUCACCGGCACCUCCACUUCCUCCGUCAGUCCUUCCGGCAGUGUUAAAAGCAAUUCAGCGCCGGCGCGCGUGAGUUUGAUUGACGGCGGGCAUGGAUUGAAUAUCUAUAAAGCGAUCAAGGGCCAGUACGUGGUAAAGCCGACGGACGGAGCAUUCAACAAGGCGGAAGGACCGUCGCGCGAGGAAAUCGCGCGGCUUGAACGUAUCCGGAAAGAGUUCCUCAACAACGUUGGUCCAACGACACCGCUGAACCUGUCCUACACGGGCACGAGCAGUCUGGAGAGUGGAACGCGCGUUAGUUCUUUCGCCAAGCAGCUGCGCUUGAAGGAACGACGCAAAUCUGCUGGCGAUGAGGAUAUGCUCAAGCAGCUAAACAUGUACGUCCGGACACACACAGAUUCCGGCAAGCAACUUACGGACAUGGAAAUUCUCGAGCAGGUGCCAGUGAAAAAUUUGGAUACCGGUGAAAAUUUUCCGCUUUCAGCAGUCGAAGAGAAACUACCGCAAUGUAUCAACCCUCUUUCGUUGCACAUCAUGCGCCUGACGAGUCACAUACCGGAGACCGACGAAGAGUCAGUCGGCCCCCAACCAGACUCCGACCUGGUGCUGCAACCCGGAUACGAGGAAGAGCUCGAAUCAGAAGGUGGCGAAGGAGGUCGAUUAAAGCGCAGGACCGCCAAGUUGAAGCGCUUCUUUCGCUCAACGGCAAAGAAAACUGUCAACAAGGCGAAAUCGAUCGCGUCAGAGGUAUCGCACGCGCGACACAAAGAAGAUGUUGCUGAUAUACAAGAUGUAAGCAACCCGGAGCAGAACAUCAAGAUCAAAGCAUCCAGUACGAACAAGGGACCGUACGAUUUUGCCAAACUGCAACACGUGCAGGACUUGUCCGGUGAGCACACAGUUGCGGUGUGGUGUAUGAAGUUCAGCAGUUGCGGACGCCUGCUCGCCACUGCCGGUCAAGAUCGAAUGCUGCGUAUCUGGGUACUGAAGGAUGCGUACCCGUUCUUCCAGGACAUGCGUACCAAGUACAACGCGGAUCAGAAAUCGUCACCGACGCCGUCGCAAGAAUCGCUGAAUUCUUUACACAAUUCGUCGCACAUCUCGGCCGAAGUGGAAGCGACUGCACUCGAAGCAGCCGCAGACAACUCACCCGGUCCGUUUAUGCCCAAGUCAUUCUGUACAUACACCGGUCACACCUCGGAUUUGCUCGAUUUGUCCUGGUCGAAAAAUUACUUCCUACUGUCGAGUUCGAUGGACAAAACUGUUCGCCUCUGGCACAUAUCCCGUCGCGAAUGCCUCUGCUGCUUCCAACACAUCGACUUCGUGACGGCGAUUGCAUUUCAUCCUCGCGACGAUCGCUAUUUUCUCAGUGGCAGCCUUGACGGGAAACUACGAUUAUGGAACAUCCCGGAGAAGAAAGUAGCAUUAUGGAAUGAGGUCGAUGGCCAGACAAAGCUAAUAACGGCGGCAAACUUCUGCGAAAAUGGCAAGUUUGCCAUGGUCGGUACGUACGAUGGGCGGUGCAUUUUCUACAACACCGACCAGUUGAAGUAUCACACACAAAUCCAUGUUCGUUCAACUCGCGGGCGAAAUGCAAUAGGACGGAAGAUUAGUGGCAUCGAAUCGAUGCCAGGAGAGGAUAAAAUUCUGGUGACUUCCAACGACAGUCGCAUCCGGUUGUACGACUUACGGGAUCUAAAUCUUAGUUGCAAAUAUAAGGGAUACUUCAACUCGUCGUCGCAGAUCAAGGCUUCCUUCAGUCACGAUGGCAAGUACAUCAUAUCCGGUUCGGAAAAUCAGUGUAUCUAUAUCUGGAAAACGCACCAUGAGUAUAACAAACUCAGCUCGGUACGCCGCGAUCGGAGCGACUUUUGGGAAGGCAUCAAAGCGCACAACGCAACGGUCACCUGUGCAAUCUUCGCACCACACCCGGAGGCAAUCAUAAAAUCGGAUCCAGACGAGAUAAAUUUAGACAAUUUAAAUGUGUCCAUGAACCAAUCAUCGGUGUCGAAAUCCGAGCAACAGCGCAAGAUUGGUUGCCGCGGCUACGUGCUGGUUAGUGUUGACUUCAACGGCUGCAUCAAGGUGUUCGUAAACAAGACGAAACCUAAACACAGCAGUCUUCCCUACACAGCCAUAGCAGAAUAAGUGAGGGUGGUGUGGCACUGCACCAUCGAUGAACAUUGAACUAGUGUAACCCUUCUUAAGCAAUAACGCACACACAGCUCAGCUUAGCUCAGGGCUUAAAUAGUUCAGGCUAAAGACCCCCGGCUUGAAGUUACAAUAAUUACGCUUUUCCUUUGCUUUACCAAUGUAGAUAUCCACAAAGCAGUCAAUCGUGGUUUUCAAAAACAGAAGAGCUGUAUACAACUCACAAUCAUAGCAGUAGAAGUAGAUUGCAGCGCUGUUCAACGUCCACUUGGGUCUACUAUGAUUGUGUUUCUUCAGUUUUUCUCCAAUCUUUUAAUAUUUUGCGAAACAUCCAAAAUCAUGUCAUCUUCCACAUUUCUCUAUAUAUACACUGUACGUCUUUUAAACAACGAGAUUUUUUUUAAAUAUGAAAUGAAGUCAUAUCUAUUGGUUAGUUUGAAGGGUACGUUCUUCCUCUUUCAAACGCAUCCAAUUUCAUGCAAAUCGGAUGACAGAUUAAAAUGUUAUGCGCGCUUAUGACUCAGUAGAUACACCGCCGUGUUACAGGCGCUUGAAUCCCUGGAACGUCGUCAUAAAAUGAUCCUUUCAUGACCAAUGGGAGAAAGAAGUAGAAUGCACACUGCAAACUCUCGUGCUAAGGAAUAGAAGGAAUGGAAGGGUUUCCGUGACAGCAGCUUUGUCAAUCUUUCGCCAAACAUAUAAACAUCCCCAUGCAGCAUUCUAGCGAAAAGGUACCCCGGUUAAGAAGUGUGCUUUCGUUUAGUCAUUGUAACGUUAUGUUAUACUGAGUUUAAUCAUAUAGAUGCUGUAAAAUUGUACCGCUAGUAAUGUAAAUUUGUAUCAAUGCUUCAGGGGUGAACUCAGUCAAACAUCAACUAGUCUUAACGGUGAAGCUGCUUGUGGAACUUUAUUGUCCUUUAGAUUCACCGUUACCGCAUUCUGAUUCGAGUUUUGUUAGCAGAAAGAAAUUUGAACACGUCGCGUUAAAAACUAAAAAACAUGCGUUGAAUGUGCAAGUAGCGGGGGCAUUUAUUUUAUUUUUAUUUCCUGAUAAAUUUGCCACCUAUACAAGCAUUGAGCUCUACUAGACGCAAUUCUGCUAGUAACAAAUUGGCUGCGGUGUUAUAGUUUAUUUUUGUUCGCACAUCAGACGAACAGCGCGAAGCCCUAAUUCACACUUAAGUCAGGCAAUAAGUAGGGGUUGUAGGGUAGGGGUAACAUAACAGAAUUUAAGACAGCUAGCUUCUAUCUCCGAAGGACCUUGUCUAAAGAAAGUUUGAGCAAUAGAUGUACGUGGCAGUUGAAAUAAUUAUAGAACAAUUAAGCAUGUAAACAUUUGCCUUCGCAACCGAUGCUAUGUGGUGGUAAUUGUAUGGUGUGUGUUGGUGUUGUUUUAUAAUUAUUUCAGCUGCCCCAAGCAUCUAUAGCUCAGAAUUUCUUCUCAGGGCAAGAUGCGAUGAUGGUAGUAUGCAAUUGACUUUAAACAGAAUAGUAGAGACACUUGACUCAGCCUAGAAGUGAUGCAUAUCCGAUGCGCGCCGUGAAAGCGACCACAAGAAAAAGAAAACAAUGAAAGAGAGAAUCUGGAUUGCCAAGUCGCCGCAAUAUGAUUGAGCACAGAUUUACCUGUUAUCUAGUAGCAAGUCCAUAAUAAUUUAAUAAUGAAUUUGUUGAUUUAUAUACAACGUAAUCUCCUUCCCUACAGACCUGUGCACACGCGUAAAAAAUAACUAUACCUUACAUACCUGUGAAAGGUUUGAAACCUACGGUAAUCAAAAAUGGGUGUGGGCAGGUGUGUGGGAGGGAAAAAAUGCACAUGCAAGGCAAAGGUAGAGGGAGAGAGUGUGCGAA